AUGGAUGCCAACAUCCCGACGGAACCUCCUUCCCGCUCCUUGAAAGGCAAAGUAGCCAUCGUGACAGGCGCAGGCUGCCUGGGCGAUGGCAUCGGCAAUGGCCGCGCAAUAUCGAUUCUUUUAGCCCACGACGGCUGUGAUGUGGUCUGCGUCGAUCUGAAUGAGGAGUGGGCGAACAAAACCGUUGAGAUGAUUACAUCCCAACCCGGCCGUGGAGGUGCGAUUUGUUUCGGAGCGGAUGUGACAUGUGAAAAAGAUUGUGAAGCAGCGGUGCAACUUGCGGUUGAGAAGUUUGGCCGCCUUGAUAUCCUGAUCAACAAUGUCGGGAUCGGUGGUGCGGCCGGAACGGCUGUUGAUGUGGACAUGACAGAGUGGGCUAAGAGCAUGGAUAUUAAUGUUGGAAGUAUGGUCAAAAUGAGCAAAUAUGCCAUACCGGAGAUGAUACGGAACCAGGGUGAGAUUAAAGGAAGUAUUGUGAAUAUGGGCAGUGUUGCUGGAUUGAAGGGUGGCACGCCGCAUCUACUAUACCCAACCGCGAAGGGGGCAGUGGUGAAUCUGACGCGUGCGAUGGCUGCACAUCAUGCCACAGAGGGUAUCAGAGUCAACUGUGUCUGUCCAGGUAUGCUUUACACACCCAUGAUGUAUGGGAAUGGCAUGAGCGAAGAGGCUCGGGAGGCUCGACGCAAGCGUAGCCUGUUGGGUACAGAGGGCAAUGGAUGGGACUGUGCUGGAGCAGUAGUUUUCCUUGCAGGUCCCCAUGCUCGAUGGAUGACUGGAGUGAUUCUUCCUGUCGAUGCUGGGACAACGGCAGCAGUGGGGAUUGGAAUGACGAAGAGUGCCAGUGUGAAUGCAUAG